AUGGAACACAAUGCCACAACAGAGGUCAGCCAUCACUUUAUAGAAUGCCCUCUGAAUGGAACACAGCGCCACAACAGAGGUCAGCCAUCACUUUAUAGAAUGCCCUCUGAAUGGAACACAACGCCAAGGACAUCACUCUAUAGCAUGCCCUCUGAAUGGAACACAACGACACGACAGAUGCCAGCCAUCAUUCUAUAGAAUGCCCUCUGGAUGGAACACAACGCCAAGGACAGAGGUCAGCCAUCACUUUAUAGCAUGCCCUCUGAAUGGAACACAACGCCAAGGACAUCACUCUAUAGCAUGCCCUCUGAAUGGAACACAGCGCCACAACAGAUGCCAGCCAUCAUUCUAUAGAAUGCCCUCUGAAUGGAACACAAUGCCAAGGACAUCCCUCUAUAGCAUGCCCUCUGAAUGGAACACAACGCCAAGGACAUCACUCUAUAGAAUGCCCUCUGAAUGGAACACAACGACACGACAGAUGCCAGCCAUCAUUCUAUAG